AUGGCCUCCAAGCAGAUGCUGCAUAUGAAUCAAGGACAAUGGGAAACAAGCUAUGCUCGCAACUCCUUUGUUCAGGCUCCUGAAGAUCUAUUGAGGAAUCUCAUCCCAGUAUACGACAUAGACGAGGAAGCUAGGUAUCAAAGGCACCCUAUAGUUCUUGAGGCAUAUGCAGAACGGUUUACAAAAGAUUUCACACUUUUCCCAGAGUUGAGAGCCAAAGAAUUGGUCGCAGGGGGCCGAAUGGUUGUUUCCUUAGUAGGGAGGCGUUCUGAUGUCACCGUCACAAAAUUCUCUUACCUUUCAAGAACAAUAUCACAUAUUCUAAGUGUCAUGGUCUCAGAGGGUGUAGUCGACAAAGAAAAGUUUGGUUCUUUUUAUGUGCCAGUGUAUGAACCUUCCAUCAAAGAAGUGAGAGAGGUCAUCCAAGAAGAGGGCUCAUUUUUUAUCAGGGAGAUACAUGUGCAUGAUCCUACAACCGAUAUGAAUAAUGCUCUCAGUGCCCCAUGUAGGUUCGUCAAUCUUUUGAGAGCUUUAUGUGAGCCGAUAUUAGUCUAACAUUUUGGAGAUGUCAUGGAUGAAUUUGUCAGAG